GAGGAAAAAAGUCUGGGUCAUAUUUACAGGAAGAAGUGUUAGAUCGUGUGAUUUGGUAGAAGUACUUACGAAACGUUGCUAAUUGUUUCUUUUGUUAUAGCCACUAAAAUCUUCAGAGAUGGAUGAUACAUUGUUUCAGCUAAGGUUCACUGUGAAACAGCUAGAGAAACUAGCAAAGAAAGCAGAGAAGGAUUCAAAAGCCGAGCAAGCUAAAGUGAAAAAGGCUCUUCAACAGAAGAAUGUGGAAUGUGCAAGGGUUUAUGCAGAAAACGCUAUCAGAAAGAAAAAUGAAGGUGUCAACUGGCUUAGAAUGGCAUCUCGUGUGGAUGCUGUGUCGUCAAAAGUUCAGACAGCUGUAACAAUGAAGGGGGUUACUAAGAACAUGGCUCAGGUAACUAAAGCCCUAGACAAAGCUCUGAGCUCAAUGGAUUUGCAGAAAGUGUCAGCUGUAAUGGACAAGUUUGAAAACCAGGUUCAGAAUCUAGACGUUCACACUUCGGUGAUGGAGGACUCCAUGAGCUCGGCAACAACUUUGACCACGCCACAAGAGCAAGUAGAUAGCUUAAUUAUGCAGAUUGCUGAGGAAAGUGGCCUGGAAGUGAUGGACCAAUUAAACCAACUACCUGCUGGUACCACAUCUAUAGGGGAGACCUCAACACGUUCCCAGGAUAAGGAAGACCAGCUUUCCAGAAGGUUGGCUGAACUGAGGAAUUAAUAGGACUAUUCAGAAGAAAAAGCCAUUAUUUCUUUAAAGUACUGUCUGUAAGGUGACAGUAAAAAGUCUGUAUAAUAAUGAAUUGUAUUUACAAAUAUUUGAUCUCUAUAUGUAUGUCCUAAAAAUCGUUGGCUGAUCCUAUUCUGAGGUGGCUCCACAGGGUUUUAAGUGUGCUGCGCAUCACAGCAAGCCUGAAAAUAACUGCAUUCUGGAUUAGUUUACACAGUCAUGCAGUGUAACACAGCCUUGACCUUGGUUUCUGUGUCUAAAUACCUUUUUUUUUUUUUUGCAAAGCAUUCUUUCAUCUGCAGAAGUGUUAGACAUAAAACGGUAAACAAAACAUAACACUAAAAUGAAGUUUUUUUUUCUUAAUUAAAUAUUGUUACCCCCUAAACAUUACAUGUACAAGAUUAAUAACAUCCAAAAUUGAAGUACAAUAUGUUAUUUAAUUAUACAGUAAGUUAACUAUUAAUGCAUGUAAAACGUUUGCAAAAAAUGUGUUUCCCUUUUGGGAGAUUGGGAGUUGUUUAAAUUAUAAAUUUGUUUGCUUGUGUGAUUAUGAAACUUAAGGCUGUAUUUAAAUAUUGAAACUCUGCAAACUGAGCAGUGCUUGAUCAUCCCCUUAAAAGGGAGUAAGCUCUCACAUUCACAGUAUAUGUAAAAUUCCAUUACAUAUAUUGAACAGUUAAUGCUCAAAUAAAACAUUUAUAUCAUGCUGUGAAUUUCCCAGCAUAGAAAAAUUGGGAAACAGCAAAAAAAUGAAUGGAAAAAAAAGUUUGCCUAUGUUUCCCUUAAUCUAGGCAUACCACGUGUAUCAUUGGAAUCGAUGUGUUCAUUUUUGUAUCCAUUUGCAAGCAUUAUUGAAAGUUAAAAUGAAACCCAAUACAAAUACCAGAUACGUGUGGUGUAUUUUUUUCCAGUCUUGCCUUAAGUUGUAGAAAUGUCAUUGCCGAAUGGCCCUGCAUCACGUUUCUAGUGCCUGAACAUUAGACCUAGUCAUUGUGUACAUGAUUGACCAUUAAAUGUGCCAAUAUGUGAAUCCACGCUAACUUUAGGGACUAGUCAGGCCAUUGUUUUAAUUUUGUACAGUUAUCAUGAGUGAAUGAUGAUCUGUCUUGAAUUUGCAGUCCCAUUUGGGGAUUAAUAGGUUAUUAAUUAAAAGCUUCCCAAUAAAUUUUUACAUUUUGAGUAUU